AUGCACCGGCUCGUUCUAGGUGGACUGCGGGUAGCAGCGAAAAUUGUAGAGGAUCUCUGCUACCAACACAGACGAUUUGCUAAAGUUGGAGGAGUGACGGAGCGGGAGCUGGCGAAGCUCGAAAUUAGCUUUAGCUUCUUGAUGGAUUUCGAGUUGAGGGUUGAUGCCGAGACGAUGUUUCAUGAGAUCGAGGCAUAUCGAGAAGAGUCACGCUUUCGGGGCCUAGAAUUCGUGGAUGAUGUAGUUAAUUCAACAGACUUCGCAAUUGGAUAUCGUUCCACAUCUCUGACAACCGGAAAGGCGGCAGCUGCGCCUCCAAAACUGUCGACGCGGGAAAAUGAGCUAGAGCUGAAGGAUAUCAAACCCGAAGAUGGAAACGGCGGCAACCCCAAACCAUCUCUCCCCAUCGAGGAGGAUAUUAUGCAACUGGCUCGACUGGGAGAAAUAGCAGCCAUACAAAAGCUAUUCGAAAGCGGUAAAUUCAAUGCCAGAUAUGCGGAUGAAGAGGGUAUUACUCCUUUGCAUUAUGCCCUUUGCAAGUUCUUGCUCGAGUCCGGUGCCGACGUAAAUGCGAAAGGCGGCGAGUCGGUAGCCACGGCGGCUAUGUGGGCAGCUCAGCGCUGCCAUUAUUACAUCGUGAACCUUUUACUCCAGCACGGCGCAGACCCUCUAUCUACCGAUAUCCAAGGGUAUAACAUACUACAUCUUGCCACCAUCGAUGGAAACGCAUUCCUCCUCGUCCUCCUCCUACACCAAGAAAUCCCCGUCGACUCGCCAGAUCCCCAGGGCCACACCGGUCUGAUGUGGGCGGCAUACAAAGGUUUUCCGGCCUGCGUGGAUUUAUUUCUACGGUGGGGGGCAAAUGUAAACGCUGUGGACGAAGGGGGACUGUCUCCACUACACUGGGCAUUGGUGAAGGGCUCCCCGGCGUGCGUUCAAAAGAUCAUCGAGUAUGGCGCGGACCGAUUUGCGAAGACGCGGGACGGAAAGACGCCUGCGACAGUAGCGGCCGAAAUGAAAACAGUUCAUGCGUGGUAUCGCGCACUCAACGAAUGUGGUUAUGACCGAGAAGGCAACCUUCGGACGCUUCCAUUUGGGCUGACAACCGUAGCACGGACAAAGCGGUUCACGUCGAAAUUUUUCUUCUUUUGGCCGUUCCUUGUCAUACUCUUUUCAAUAUUCACUCUCAGCAACAUGGUUAUAUAUAUUGGUAUUCCGUUUACCCUAGGGAUUGUGUUUGGCAUGCAGUGGAUUGCGCAACGGGUUGCAAAUCUCGGGCCCUCAGAGUAUAGAGUGUUGCAUAGAACGCCCCUCCUAGCAGGCGUUUUUGCGGGAUCUCUAUUUUGGGUCGGAGUUCGUUGGGCCCUGAAGGUGCUACCAAGAAGCCGUUACGCAGCAAGCAUUGCAGACGUUGUAAGCGUUGUGUGUCUAAGCAUGACCAUGAUGGCUCAUAUCGAUAUAAUUCCCGCACGUUCCGAUGCUGAAUGCAACAUCCUCUCCUCAGUUCUUUGCGAUAUCCUCAGUCGAGAUACUUUCACCAUCAUCCUCACGAUAUGGAUCAGUAUCCAGCUUAUAUGGGUGAGCAUGCUGUGUGUCGUCCAACUUGUCCAGAUAUCCCGCAACCAGACCACCUACGAAAGUAUGCACGGGCACACAUUAGACUACGCGAACUCAGCCUCAGCAGCCGUUACCUCUGCCAUUACAACCGGCACCACCUCAGCCGAUAUUGGUGGCCUUUCCGCGACGGGCCAAGGGCCAAACCCAGCAAUCCCGCCAACUACAAUACCAUCACACCGCCGACCCCCUCCCCUCCGUCACGACCACGGCUGUUUAUCUCAAUGGAAGAAAUUGCUGGGUCUAGAUACCUUCGUAGCCACCGCACAAGAUGGCCUUGAUCGACGCGGUGGGGCGCGAUCCUGGAACCCCUUCUCGCGUGGCGUUGUUACGAAUUGCAAAGAUUUUUGGUGCGAUAGUCAGCCGUAUUUCGGCAAGCGGGAUACGGGAAGUGCGAUGUUAGGCGGUGAGACUGUGAAUUACUCUCGUCUAUUCGAUAUGCCGCUUAUGACGCGGACCGGAGGCAGUAGGGCAGGUUCCGGUAUGGUAUAUCGGAGUGUUGCGGGGGGCGAAGACGCUGUAUAG